GGACUUCCAAUGAAUGCCCCUUCCCCCGUCCGGUCGAUUGUCGAAACCGCAUUGCAACGUGCUCAUGGCACAAUUGCGGGAUUACUUGCACAUUGCAGUACCAACUCCAUUGAUGGACGUCGCAAUAGAGGUUGUCGACCUUUACGACUACAUUGCGAAAAUCGACCGUGAGUUCAAGACACAACGGUACGACGACAUCGACGCGCCAUUGUUAUACAUACACAUUCAGAUCGGAGAGGCAACCUGCAACGCUUUGAUCGAUUGCGGAGCUACUCGCAACUACAUGAGCCAAGACUUUAUGGUACGCGCUGGCCUUGGGCCACGCGUUCGGAGGAAGUCGCAGCCCACGCAAGUCACAUUGACCGACGGUCACACGCACAAGUCAAUCGACCGGUGCAUUGAUGUCGUCCCCAUGUACUUUACCCCGCAUGUAAGCGAGGUCGUGUCCUUCGACAUUUUGGACACCAAGUUCGACAUGAUCUUGGGCAUGUCAUGGCUGCGAAGCGAGGAUCACCAAGUGAACUUCUACCGCCGCACCGUUCACGUUCGUGACCGGAACAGACUACUAGUCCCAUGCACGGUACCUCCUCCUCACCCUUCGAUCAGCUGCCACGUGGUGUCCGCCGCAAGCAUUCGAGCUUCCAUCAUCCGGGAUGACAUCGAGGAGAUGGGGGUGUGUUUUCUCCACGCCCUCCCGCCCCAAGACAUUCCAUUGACGGACUCACCACCGGACCCACGAAUCACCGAGCUUCUCGACGCCUACGGCGACGUGUUCGAAACCCCCCACGGAGUAGUACCGGAUCGGCCCAUCCACCACGAGAUCAUCCUCGAGGACGGGGCCGUACCUCCGCGUGGUUGCAUCUACCGCAUGAGCGAGGAAGAGUUAAGUGUGUUAAGGGCACAACUCGACGACCUUCUCGAGAAAGGUUGGAUUCGGCCUAGCUCUUCGCCAUACAGUUCUCCCGUUCUCUUCGUCCGGAAGAAGAACAAGGAAUUGCGGUUGUGUAUCGAAUAUCGCAAGCUCAAUGCGCAAACCGUCAAGAACGUCGGCCCGCUUCCGCGCAUCGACGACCUCCUCGAACGACUGAGCGGCGCCAAGUUCUUCUCCAAGCUUGACCUCAAAUCGGGAUAUCACCAACUCGAGAUCCGGCAGGAGGACCGCUACAAGACCGCGUUUAAGACGCGAUAUGGGCAUUUUGAAUGGCUGGUUAUGCGUUUUGGCCUUACGAAUGCCCCGGCCACAUUCCAAGCGGCUAUGACAACGGAGUUCCGACACAUGCUGGAUAGAUUCGUACUCAUCUACCUCGACGACAUCCUGGUGUACAGCUGGAGUUAAGACGAGCAUGUGGAACACCCGCCCACUGUUUUGGAGCGGCUACGACAAGCCAAGUACAAAGCCAACCGC